UCUUGUUCCCCGUUGGUGGAACCACAACCAAUCCUCUCUAGCACUUAUUGCUGCACUAACGCCUUAUUGCACUAUACCUUGAUUGUUUGCCUUUUUCUUCCUGUAAGUCGAUAAAAGCGUCUGCUAAAUGACUAAAUGUAAAAUGUAAAUGUAAAUGCAAAUGUUUUACAUGAUGCUUUGAAACAUGUAACUUAUUAGUGUCUUUGCCUUUUAUAGUCCUGAGUGAUAAACGAUCUCGGCAGAAGACAGCAAGAGGACCACAGCAGAUUUCUAGAGGACUCCAAAGUGGAUAAAAUAUCCCAACAGAUGAUGAUGAGGAUGACCACAGCUCCAGGAAGGACUCUUUUUUUGUAAUUUUGACCUUUUUUUCAUGAUUUCAACUUUUUUUUUGUAAUUUUUAGUUUUUUCAUGUGACUUCAACUUUUUUCUUUUUCUUUUGACAAUUUCUUGUGAUUUCAACUUUUUUCUCAUUAUUUUGACUUUUUUUCUCAUGAUUUUGACCUUUUUUUCUCAUUUUAAAUAAUUUCUCGUGACUUCGACUUUUUUUUCUCAUUUUGACCUUUUUUCCAUGAUUUCAACUUUUUCAGACGACCACAGCUAAAGACAGCAACCCAACACACAACAUGGAGGAUGACCUCAGAUCCAGGAAGAGGACCUCCAGAGGACCACAGCUAAAGACAGCAACCCAACAGAUGACAAGGGGUGCAGAAACCCUUUCAGGAGGUGAUUGAUGUCUGCUCAGGUGAUCCAAAAACAGCAGGAGUGAAACCCAUCUCAUUUGUUCGCCAGGUCUUGGCUGUAUGUCUGCACCCUCAGCUGCUGAAAGACAAAACUCUUCCUCUGGAUGUCCGUCUGAGAGCUCAGGAGCUCCUGGAGGUUCCUACACAGAGUCCUCUGGCUUGCCUCAUGUCAAGCAAAGCAUCGCUGAGUUUAUCAUGAGACGGGAUGCUGGAGUGCCUUCGUACGCCAAAGACAUCUUUAUUUCUUCUGGUUCUCAAAGGGCCCUGAUGGUGAUUGUGGAGCUGCUGGCCAGCGGGGAGGGGGAGACUCAGACGGGCGUGUUGACUCCGGCGCCCUGUCCACACACCCUGCCGGCCCUGCUGGAUGAGGCCGGGGUGACCCUGGUGCCGUACCGGCUGGUGGAGGAGCGUGGCUGGGCUGUAGAUCUGGAUGAGCUGCACAGAGCUUUGAGUGCUGCUAGGGGGCGCUGUAAUCCCAGAGCCAUUUACAUUAGCAACCCAGGAAACCCCACAGGUCAUGUGCAGGACAGAAAGUCAAUAGAACAAGUGAUUCAGUUUGCAGCAGCUCAGAGACUCCUGCUGUUGGUUGAUGAGGUGUACCAGGACAGUGUGUACGGACUGGAGAAAGGGUUUAUUUCCUAUAAGAGAGUCCUGUUUGAGAUGGGCAGAGAGUACUGGGAGACCGUGGAGCUGGUCUCCUUCCACUCUACAUCCAGCGCCUGCAUGGGAGAGUGUGGUCUGAGGAGUGGAUACAUGGAGCUGGUCAACAUGGACCCGGAGGUGACCCAUUUUGUUGAAAUGAUGCUGUGUAUUGAUAUCAGUGCUCCAGUCACAGGACAGCUGGCUCUGGAUCUCAUGGUCAACCCCCCAAAACCUGGAGACCCUUCCUACGUCACACACACACAGGAGAUCCUCCUCACUCGGUCCACUAUGUCCCAGAAUGCUCAGCGGGCUCAGGAGAUCCUGAAUGAUCUACCAGGCGUAAGCUGUGAGCCGGCGAUGGGAGGAAUCUACCACUACCCUCGCCUGCAGUUACCAUCAGAGUUUAUAGCCAAGGCAAAGAAACUGGAGGUGGAGGCAGAUGUUCUGUACUGUCAGAAGUUACUGGAGGAGGAAGGAGUGUUUGUAGGAGCAGGAUGUCAGAACGGUGAAACAGCUGGAAACCACCAUCUGAGGUUAUGUAUCCUUGUCCCUGCUGACACCCUGGAGGAGGUCCUGGCUCGCCUCGGAUCCUUUCACCUUCGCCUGGUGGAGAAUGUCUUCAGACAGAGAUGUGAAGACGGAGACACGGAGGGGAAUAUAGUGACCGAACAGGAAGAAGGACACAUGUCUUGUCGUGUUGACAGAGAUUUGUCAAACACGUAGAAAGAAUGAAUGUCUGAAGACUUUUUAUCCCAGUGAAUCAGAUUAAAAAGGGGAGUUUUAGGUUAUUAGUUUAAGGUUUCAGUCUGCAGAUCACAUAUGUUCUUUCUUUAUUCGUAGUUUGAUAAAGAUUUUUUACCUCCCAGAUUUUUAAUGCACUUGACAGACUUAUUCCUAUUAGAUUAAAAAUAAAUGGAAAAACUGUUUUCUUCUGCAAAAUGCAAAUUAAAGGAAUUUAUAAAAGGAACGGAAUUGUGAAAAAAUAAAUAAUGUCCUCAUAUAUACACACAAGAAGGACCUUAUUGAGUAAAUACCUAAAGAUGAAAGUCUUUAUUUUUAAUAACACAAACACAUUUGACCACUGGUAGGAAAAGCUUGUUCUUCAGUGAUGUAGGAGAGCCUGCUAAUUUAUUUCCCCACUAACUCUUAUCGGCAUAAUUUACAGAUUGGUCAGACCUGUUGUUGUAUAUUUCAUUACUCUGAAGUGAUGUAGCCUGGCUAACACCAGACCAAAUCUCAUUGGAGAUUAGGUCUGGACACCUUCAAUGCAUUUCUCCGUAGAGGAGGUGUGGUUUACGAUCCUCCGGAGCCGUUUAUUGGACGCUUAGAAUGUCUAUCAAAGCGUCUGUAGGUAGCUCUUAGCCAAUCAGAUCAGUUAUACCAGAUGACGUAGUAGAGCAACAGAGAUGGAUGUUUGUUGUGUGUGUGUCUGUGAGAGAGUGUUGCUGCUGCUUUGCUUCUCCAGUUCUCGCUUUCUGCAAGAUUAUUUAUUUUCACGCUUUAUUCCCCCUCAUGUCAUUCAGCCACACACAUCCACUGAUUUUAUGGGCAAUAAACAAGCUGCUGCGGGUCUCUGGGGGCUCCGCUGUCCCCCGAUUCGGAGCGAGAUCACCGGCGGUGACCGGCGGUCUCACCGGCUCGGCGCAACGAGCCGCAGAAACCGCCCGUGCGGCGCUAAUAGCCACGCUACCGGUGAUCUCGCUACCAGCCGGGGGACAGCGGAGCUGCCGAGAGACCUUUCGCCUUUCAACUUUCGCUGUAAACUAUUUAAAACACCAUCUACAGCUAAAGAGAGUUUCGCGUCUGCAGCAGCCAUGUUGGAUCCGGAAAGCUUCCAAGUGCCGAGUAGUACGCGUCAUCGUCUCACCGUCCCUCCCUGC